AUGGAUGGAGUGAACCACUCGGUUGUGUCAGAGUUUGUUUUCCUGGGACUCACGAAUUCCUGGGCAAUUCAGCUUCUCCUUUUUGUGGUAGCAUCCAUGUUUUAUGUGGCAAGCAUGAUGGGAAACUCCCUCAUUGUGUUCACAGUGGCUUCGGACCCUCACUUGCACUCCCCCAUGUACUUUCUGUUGGCCAACCUCUCCUUCAUUGACUUGGGUGUUUCUUCUGUCAUUUGCCCCAAGAUGAUUUAUGAUCUCUUUAAAAAGCACAAGCAUAUCUCAUUUAGAGGCUGUGUCACUCAAAUAUUUUUCAUCCAUGUCAUUGGUGCUGUAGAGAUGGUGCUACUCAUAGCUAUGGCCUUUGACAGAUAUAUUGCUAUCUGUAAGCCUCUUCACUACUUGACUAUUAUGAAUCAAAAACUGUGUAUUUUACUUCUGGUUGCUGCAUGGAUAAUUGGCUUGAUCCACUCUGUAAUUCAACUGGUUUUUGUUAUAAAAUUGCCAUUCUGUGGCCCUAAUGUGUUGGACAGCUUUUACUGUGACCUUCCUCGGUUCAUCAAACUUGCCUGCACAGACACCUACCAAAUGGAAUUCAUGGUCACGGUCAACAGUGGAUUUAUAUCACUGGGAUCAUUCUUCAUAUUGGUUGUCUCCUAUGUUUUUAUUGUAAUCACAGUUUGCAAACACUCUUCACUUGGCUCAUCCAAGGCCCUGUCUACUCUUUCAACUCAUAUCAUGGUGGUGAUUUUGUUCUUUGGUCCAUGUAUCUUUGUUUACACCUGGCCUUAUCCUACAUCACACGUAGACAAAUUUCUUGCCUUUUUUGAUGCAACUUUCACUCCUUUUUUGAAUCCAUUCAUCUAUACAUUCAGGAAUAAAGAAAUGAAGGUGGCAAUGAAGAGAGUAUGCAGCCAAUUUAUUGUGAAUAGAAGCAUUUCUUAA